AUGCCGCGCGCUCGUCGCUUUCCAACCCUGACGCGCGCUUUUGGUUCGGCGAGUUCACAACGGAGCGGAAAAGCCCUCCGCUCGGAGUCCCUCUUCGACGGUCUGCGAACCCUGAUCUUAUCUGCCAAUCAAAUAGGGCAAAGUCAGACUACGAAUAAGAUCUCGCGUGACUGGACUCCAAGUGUCGCGUACGGCGCGCAGUCUGCGAGAGUACGGAAACGCGUAGUACGCGGCGCGACGUUCGGAAAUUUCGAUCCCGAGGCGGGCAAAGGCGUCGCGCGGCGGAGGCAAAGCGGUGGCCUCUCGGCGCGGGGACGGCGCGCGACCCGACAGAGCGCGACGCGCGCGCGCGCGCCGGCGGCGGGGAUGCGACGCGCGCGGCCGCGGUCGCGGCGGCUGUGGCACCUCGCCGGCGCGCUGCUCGCGAUCUCGCUCGCGGUCGCGAGCGUCGCGACGCCGCGGGGGGGGACGCGCGCCGCGGGAGACGCGCGCGCGCGGAGGAGAGACUCAGAGCGGGGAGGAAAAGAGAGCGGGGAAACCGAGCGGACGCCGCCUCCUCGAGGCGAGGUCGUCGCGCGCGCGCGAGCGGCGUCGAGUCGCACGCCGCCGCUGUCGCGGCCGCGGCGGAGGAAGGACUACGAGCGUCGACGGCUCGACGCGGCCGUCGACCCGGCGUUCGGCGCGGGCGGGGAAGAAGCGGGAGCGGGCGGCGAGACGUGCGCGGGCGCGUGCGGGCUGUGCCGCGCGUCGUGCUGCUGCGACGGCGACUGCGUCGCGCUCGGGGACUGCUGCGGAGAUUUCAGCGACGACGGGGUGUGCGAGGCGCAGAAGGAGGGGAACCUGGGGGGGGGCGGAGACGACGUCGGCGAGCCGCCGCCGCCGCCGCCGGGAGAGGGCGUCGUCGCGGUCCCGCCGACGCCGCCCGCGGCGCCGGAGGUGGAGCUGGGGUUCUUGAUCGACCCGCGAGGCGUGUGGCACUCGAACGUCCUCCCGCCGCCGCCGCCGACGCCGAACCUCCCGCCCGCGCCGUUACCUCCCCUCCCGGGGCUCCCGCCGUUUCCUCUGAUGCUCUACGCGAAGCUCCAGGCGGUGCCGCGGUGCUCGCCGUUUUGCGACACGCGCGCGCCGCCGCCGUCGCUGCCGAAGGGCGACCGCCUGUGGGAACUGCGGGUCGCGCACGCCGCGGAGAAGCAGUGGGCGCAGAUACGGGAUCUGGCCCAGAUAUAGAUCGGCGGGUCGUACGAGCCGUGGACGCCGUGGACGUAUCGAGGGCCGUACGGAGAGCUCGUCGCGGAGGAGGUAAACGCGCUCGGGAUGGUGGACGAGUCGUGGGGAUACGAGGGGGGGCCGUGGGUGAAGGCGAAGGCGAUGGGGGGUGAGAGCGACGUGGGGAACUCGAAUGGAGGCGCGAAUGGAGGCGUUACUAAUAGGAACGCCGCGCUGGGAGAUGGGGAGUUACGGAGAAAGUGGCGGAGGAAGAAGAGGAAGAGGAGCGCGCUCAAGUGAUUCGAUCGUGAAGUGAAAUAAAUAGAAUAAAAUCUCGUCG